GCCAUCCAGGCUGCCAUCCGGGAGGCCCUGCACGAGGGGCCUGAUGGGGCCAGGAACAAGUCAGGAAUCUGCAGCUCAGCGGGGAAAAGGGGUCCCCCCUGGGGAUUCCCCCUGGACCUUCCUCCCAGGGGUAAGGAUGAGCCGUCCGACUUCUGGGCACGGCCGCAUCCAGAAGUACUCGUGCAGAAGGGGCCCCUCANGCCCCUCGCUGUGGCUGCUGGUGAGGGUGAGCCACGGCCGGCCCAGUCGCCGGAGCCCGAGGCCAAGAUGCGGAAGGCGGGUCCCACGGACCAGAGGAUUGAAAGGUGGCGGCGGCGGACGUUGCCCCACGACGUGAAGUUUGAUGAAUUCCGCUUCCUGGCCCCAGAAAACUCCUGGAAGGUGGAGCAGAGACGAACAGACCAUUGGAGCCCCACCACCAGUGCCUUAAGAAAACCUGAGCUAUCCCACCACCGGUUGGAGACCCAGGAGGUGAGCCCAGGUGCUUCCCAGGACCUGACUCGGCCAGCGGUGAAGCAGGGGUCCUCUUUGGAACCCAGGGCGACAUUUUUUGCAGUGACCUAUCAGAUUCCCGAUACUCAAAAAGCAAAGAGCAUUGGUAAGUCAGGGCCUGAAAACUUGACGGAACAUUCUAGAAAAACAGUCCUGCCUUCUUCUCCUCAUCGUCUAACAUCCACCUUGGUUUCUCUUAACCAUGAAGAGCCACUGGAGGCCAAGGGCAGUAACAACUGGGCUGAAGGCAAAGAACGCCACAACAUCAGCUGCUCAAAACCUCCGAAGCCAACGGACCGCCCAUCACCUCUUGGGGACAGGAUUCUGGAGCCUUCUAGUGAAAGAAUCAUGGAUGCUGAUGCUUUAUGGGUCCAUCAGGGCCCAGAAGAUGGCACCGGUUUUCAGAACAAUUGGAAGGAUGGUGGGAACAGGACAUCCCCCAGCAAUGCCCCCCAAACACCCCCAGGUUCCAAAAGCCACCCGGAAGCUAGCGAUCUCCUCAUCAGAAGGGAUCCUGAGGUGGUCAGUGCGAGGAUCCCAGGGAAGACCAGAGAUGGCUACAGGUCCAGCGUUCUUGACAUUGACGCCCUGAUGGCAGAGUACAAGAAGCAGGAGGGUCAGGAGCUGGUGGAGGGUACGCCCACGGCACCCAGCGGCUCGACUCAGGAGAGGCCGGGCCAGCAAGGCAGUGUGGAACCAAGAAAGAGGAGCUGGAAGGAGAGGUCUGAAGCUGAGGGUCCCCGGAAACAAGCUGGUUCUGCCGAAGCAAACCACAGUUCCACUCCCAGCUCCA